GAGAGAGAGAGAGAGAGAGAGAGAGAGAGAUGGAAGCCUCCAACCUCCAUUUUCUUGCCAUUUUGCUUCUCUUGGUCACCAACAUGAGUGCAAUCACAUCUGCUGCUUCUUCUUCUUCCUUCUACUCCAGCAAUGACAACAAUUCCAACUUCAUCAAGACCUCAUGCAGCACCACCACGUACCCUAAGCUCUGCAACCAGUACCUCUCCUCCUACGCCUCCGUCGUCCGCUCCAACCCCUGGAAGCUCUGUAACUGCGCCCUCUCCGUCUCCCUCCAGGCCGCCCGCAAUGCUUCCUCCCUCGCCACCGCCCUCUCCAAGCAACGAGGCCUCACCAAGGCCGAGGCCGGUAUCGUCGCAGACUGCGUUGAGAACCUCGGCGACUCCAUCGACGAGCUCAAGCAGUCGAUCAAGGCCAUGGCCCGGAUCGGAGGGCCAUCGUCAUCAACGGCAAAGGACAAGGCGGAGUUCCAGAUGGCUAACGUGAAGACGUGGGUGAGCGCCACGAUCACGGACGAGAACACGUGCACGGACGGGUCCACCGGGAGGAAGGUGAGUGCGGGCGUGAAGAGCCAGAUUCGGAGCAGCAUUGUGGACGUUGCCAGGAUCACUAGCAAUGCGCUGUCCCUCAUCAACAGCCUCAAAUAUUAAUAUUUAUUGAUGGUCUUUCAUAUUACAAAGUUUAUGUCGCUUCCUCUCUUGCUAUAAUUAUCUUCUA